CGCACACAAUAAGGAGUAAUGACACGGGCGCCAUGACAGCGCUUCACUUUUCCACGAUGACUCGUGAGAUCCACCCACAAAUCCCUAGAUGUAAAUCUUUUUACCAGACGAAGGAAGGUCUUUUUGAUUGAUCGAACCAUUCAAAUUAAAAUUGGAACUCAGGACAGGAACCUCUGAUCAUUUUCCUACCGAAUAAUGCUUCAUAGGAGCUUCAAGGCCGCGAAAUGCAAGACAUCCUUGAAGCUUGCGGCAUCUCGUUUGAAGCUUCUAAAGAAUAAGAGAGAUGCGCAGGUGAAGCAGUUAAAGAGAGAAUUGGCCAAGCUUAUUGAGUCUGGACAGGAGCAGACUGCUAGAAUCCGGGUUGAACAUGUUGUGAGGGAGGAGAAGACUAUGGCAGCAUAUGACCUUGUUGAGAUUUAUUGUGAGCUUAUUGCUGCACAACUGGCAAUAAUUGAGUCACAGAAAAACUGUCCCAUCGACUUGAAGGAGGCAAUAUCUAGUCUGAUAUUUGCAUCCCCAAGAUGCACAGAUGUACCAGAACUCAUGGAGGUCCGCAAGCAUUUCACAGCAAAAUAUGGGAAAGAGUUUGUUGCUUCAUCUCUUGAGCUGCGUCCAGAAUGUGGUGUAAACCGUACUUUGGUUGAGAACUUAUCAGCAAGAGCACCUGAUGGUCAGAUGAAAAUUAAGAUUUUGGCUGCGAUUGCCCAUGAACAUAACAUUGAUUGGGAUCCUAGUUCAUUAGCAGAUAAAGACUCAAAGCCUGCUGAGGAUUUUCUGAAUGGACCAAGUACAUUUGAGGCUGCCAGUAAGUUGCAAGUGGAACUUCCUGAUGUACCUACCAACCCUGCCAAGCAAGAGUCAUCUAUGAAUGUCCCUAAUAACAAUGUGACCAGAUCAUCACCGAGUUCACACGUUUCUGCUACUCCUUAUACAACAGUGCCUGCCAAUCUAGCCUCAGAAAGUGGAACUGAGGGUCGAGAAUUUGGACAAACAUUUCCGAAGGAGGGAAGUUUUCCUUUUCACAAGCACAACUGGAAUACGGAAUUCAAAGAUGCAACGUCUGCUGCACAGGCAGCUGCUGAAUCUGCAGAAAGAGCUAGUAUUGCUGCCAGGGCAGCUGCAGAACUUUCAAGGCAAUAUUCCUCAAAGUCACAUGGGUCACCUGGUUGUGGUUUUAGAGAUGAAGGAAUUACAAGUUCAACCACCCAAAAGUUGCAAGACCCUGUUGCCAUAGGGUCAUCAAAGAUGGUGCAUGAUUCAUCAGAUAGUUCCUCAUAUGUCAUGAAUCAAGGUAUGUCAAAGCAACCAAGGGCAAGGAACAAGCAAGAUAACUUGCCAGGAGUCAAAGAAAGUAUAUACAAAGAUCCUGCCUAUGUUAAUAGAUCUAACAGCUCUGUUUCCUUGGAAUCCACUACAGCUUCUGCUGCUGAUCAUGCAUCUGUGAGUAGUCUCAGUCAAGGAGAAAGAUAUUCAGAAAAAAGGUCAUCUGAGACAGAGGUUGUUAACCCAUAUUGGCAGGCCAGAAACCCCAAGGAUAGUUUAAUUCAUGAAGCAAGUAUCAAAAGACAAUCUAGCCAAUCUGAGAUAGAACCUAGGAACCAUUUGCAACAGAAUAAGAAAACUGAAAAUAUUAAUCAUUAUGGAGAAGGAACCUACCAGAAAAAAUCUAGCAUAUCUGUUUCCUCUCAUUCCUCUGUAAGUACUGACGAUGAUGAUGCCACUUCCAAGUUGGAUGUUGAGAAGUAUAAAAGUUAUGGUGGUGAGCAGUCUUUCAAUGAUAUUGAUGAAGGGCUGCAAAAAGGCACCAAGUCCUCAGACUACACUGAUUAUCCUCCUGCAGUUUUUGAUGAUUAUGGUUCAGAUGAUGACCAUCAUUUUGAGGCAAAGAACAACUAUAACAGACAUGGAUACGACUUUUAUUUCCAUUCACCAGUUAGAAAAUCCCCUUCUUUUGUUUCAGAAAACACAAAUAAUCAGAGCCCUAGGCAAAAGAAGAAUGAGGCAUUGGAGGGCACUGCAGAAUCACCUUUUGUCAUGAAACUGAAAUCGCCUUUUGGAUAUUCAGAUAGAUCAACAAAAUCUGGAGUUCUGUCACAAUCGGAUGACUUGUUACCUGUUACCUAUGAUAAUUCAGAUGGUCCAAGUUCUGAGAGUGAAGAGGAGAAGGAUAAUUUUGAACUCCAUGGAAGAACAGAGUCUAGCAGUAUGCUUCAUAACCAGAAUAUCUUCAAUGGUAGCCCAAAUUCGGGCCAAAACAAUAGGACAUACGUGUCAACAAGAUCAACUGUUGAAAAGGAAGAAAAUAGAGUGAAGAGAAGUUCUGUCAUACGGUCCUCUUCUGAUCUUUCAGAAUCCAAAGAAGAUCACCUUGAGAAUAAACAAGAAAUAAAAUUCAACAAUUCCAGGGAGAAAUGUGACCAAAUCAACUUCCCCACAAAGCAGUCACCUCAUAGACAUACUAGAUCCCCAAGAAAGUUAGAUAAUUUAGACCAGGAGAUGCCAUUGUCGUCAUCUCAGUUGUCAUUGACCAAGAAAACCAUACCUCAUGACAGUUGUGGCUCAGAACAAGUGCUUAAUAUUACAGAAAGAUUGGACAUUUCAAAAUUCUCAAACUCUGAGAGUGGACUGGAGUUAAAUCUUGGGUUUUUAACCGGUGGCCUUCGAAAUAAGGGUUAUAGGAGCCCACCUUACAGAAAAAUUCCUUUAGGUGAUGCUUCACUUCUAUCCCAACAGCAUACAGCAGCAGAUACUCCUUCCAUCACCAAUGUUUCCCCAGUAAUCAGGAGUUCCCUCAAUUCUGAAGAAUGUUGCGAGGGGUCAAAUGAUCAGGAUUCAUAUAGCAAUGAUACCAAGGACUUGUCCCAACACCAAACUGAUGGUAGAAAAAGUUACAGAGGUAGCAGGCUUUCUCAAGGGAUAAAAGAUUCUCUUGAACAGUCUGAGCCUUGUGGUGAGGAGUCCAACAGCCAGAAAAUGCAAAUAAAAGAUCAUAAAAAGUCAAGCAUAAGAACCUCAAAGACAUAUUUUGAUUCAAAUGGUGCUGAUUCCAAGGAAGUAACCCUGCACCAAUCUGUUGGGAGCAAAAGUUAUGCAGGCAGCAGACUUUCUCGCAGGACAAAGGGUUCUCCUAAACAGUCUGAAAUAGGUAAAGUUUCAAGGCUUACAGUUGGAAAUCAAGUGCCAACUAAUUCUGAGUUUGGCACUGGAAAGAAACCUUCUUCACAGGAUUCUUUUGCAGCUGAACCUCUUUCAAGGUUUGAAUCCAAGACAAUGAGCACAGAUGGAGAAGGUUCUAAGUUUCUAAGGACUAAUAUACCAGUUGAACGGGAACCUUUUAAAUCUAUGCCAGAGCCCAAAGUCUCAGUGCAUAAAGAAGCUAGGGGUUCCUAUGCAGCUCAACCUCAUUCUGUUUCUCAGUCCCAGGUGACAAGCUCAGAAAGCAGAGAUGAUUGUAAGCCACUGAGAACUAGUUUGCCAGUUGAACAAAAAACUUAUGAGUCUCUGCGUGAGUCCAAAUUUUCAGAACGUAAGGAUUUGAGCACUUCCUUUGCAAAUGAACCUGCUAAUAAGUUUCUGUCCCAGGCAGCAAGUUCAGAGAGCAGAAGUGAAUCUAAGUUUCCAAAGGACAGCUCAUCAAUUGAACAAUACUCUUCUAAGCCCAUUCCAGAAUCCAAAUUCUCAGUGCUUAAGGAAAGCAGAUUGGACUUACGUCAAGCAAGUUCAGCUGUGGAACAGCCCUCAAAUCCACAAAAAACACUACCAUCAGGGAGUGGUGAAAGUUCAAAGAUAUCAGGUUCAAAUGAGGGAUCGGUGUCAAGAGAGAACUUGCCAAAGGCAAGCCAUGUCCACCCAAAGCUUCCAGACUAUGAAACUUUUGCUGCCCACUUCCAUUCUCUUCGGUCAAAUAAGCGAUGAGUAUGGGUGUAUUCCAUUUUACUACACCAGUGCUGACUGAGGAUGGUUUUAAUGGUAAGAAUUGAUCGGAAUAUACACAGAGAGUGGCCUUUGAUGGUGAUAUAAAAUUUAUGUAUCACCAACGUUUGACCACAUUUGGAGCGUAUUUGAGUUGAGCCAAUGGUCUUCUGUCUCAUUUAAGGUCAGCUUUUGAAACGUUCUGUAUAAUAAUAAUUUUUCUUGAGUUGAGAUUCGAACUUGCUGUUGUAUAAUUCCAGUUCUAUCUGCUAUAAAAUCAUAGUGAUUUUUUACAUUUAUACAAGGUUCAAUACACAGCUACUUUGAAUGAA